GCAAAGCUUUGCACAAUCAUCACUAACUGCCUAUUAUCAUGUCUGGGGGUGCCAGGCAGAGGAAUAAAGGGGCUAAUGCAGACUCCAACUCCCAAGCUGCCAAUAAUGAAGGGGAAAAGAAGUCAAAGUCCAACAAGGGGGGCUCUUCCUCGUCCUCCUCCUCCUCCCAAAAGACAAGCUCUGGGGCAGUUUGGAAACUUUUCACCUUUCUCUUCUAUGUAGGUCUCAUUGGGGUUUGCGCCUGCACUGGUUGGGUAGUGUACAACCUGCAGGAUGAACUGGCGCAAAUCGGCAGCAACCUCAGGCACAUCUCCCAGCAGAAAGCCGACCUGGCUGAGACCGUGGCCGCUUUGCAGAAACAGGCUAAAGGACUGGAAAACACAGUCAGCCGCCUGGAAUUUAUCUCCAAAGAUAUUCAGGAAAAGCAGCAAUCCCACGAAUCCUCCCUUAGAAAAAGCGAAAAGGAUUUGGAUCAGAUUGGGGCCAUCCUGAAAAAAUUUCAAAAAGAAUUCUCCAGCGACAUUCAGGUUGUAAAGGAGCAAAGGGAGGCCGAUUCAAUCCACUUUGAAAACACCGUUAAAGAGAAAUUCACAGAGCUCAACAAUUCCCUCAACGACGGCAUCCAGGAAGUCAUCGAGGUGCAGAAAACAAGCCAGGAGGAAAUCAACAUCUUAAAGGAUAAACUGGCAUCCUUGGCUGAAUUGAAUUCAAUUCAGAGUGAACUCGAGAAUUUAAAACUCGCCACUUCCGAGCUGCAGUCAUCUGCUGUAUCUAACGGAGAGUCUGUCCAGUGGUUGAUGAGCAAUGCCCAAAAUUUGGAUUCCAUUACAGCCAACACCAACGAAAUUCAACUUCUCAGAGACCAACACAGUGACCUAAAGAGAAAUGUAGAUGCUCAGCUGGCAAUGGUUGAAGAAUUAAAGGCAAAGCGCUCAGACUCCAGUGAACUUGAGGCACUGAGUCAAAAUUUGGAGCAACUGGCUUCCACUUUUUCUGAAGUCAAAAGUCAGUUUGAAGCCACCAAGGACGAUUUGCUGAAAGAGUUUGAAAGCAAUACCGACAGCAUGGAAUCAAAGUUAAGGCCAAUUGAGCACACUGUGAAUGUAUUAAAUUCCCAGGCAGCCGUACAGUUUGAAGGGCUAGAUACUCUAAAAAACUCUUUAAAAGAAUACAGCCAGAGGUUGGGACGUGCUGAGGAUACUCUGGUGGCUGUACAGCUGACGUCCUCAGGAGAUGCUACAACUGACAAGCUACCCAACUUGGAGGAAAACCUAAAAACAUUAAGAGAAGAGGUUGCUACCUUGAAGUCAACAGUGGCUGACCUCCCAAAAGACUUCACUGACGUUGAGAAACUCCAAAGUGAGGUUACCAGUGUCCUCGAAGCUCACAAGGAUGAGCUCGGAGGUUUGAAACAAGAGUAUGACCAGUGGCGAAGUAGAAUUGAAGAAAACAUAAAUAACAUAGCAUUAUCCGUUCAAAAGCUCAAUGCUGAGGAGUUGAACGCUUCUGUGGCCAAAUUGGAGACAGACUUGAAGAUGUUGAGGACUGCAGUGGAUAGUUUGGUGGCUUAUUCAGUCAAAAUAGAGAGCAACCAAAAUGAGUUGGAAUCUUUGAAGGAUUCCCUUGAGGUUCUAAAGCAAAGCACUGAGACGAUCAUGGUGAAAUUAGAACAAAUACAAGAGACUGUAUAAAUAUUCUGGGCGUACAUUACAUUGUGUAGGUUGUUUUUGCAUUUGUGUUCAAUAAAAUGUUUGGUUUUUUUUUUGAAUGUUA